GAAGCUAAGCAAGCUCGUAGGGAUGAAAUAAGAGAGCGUGUCAAUUCCAUCCGCGCAUUGGCAAGUGGUGAGACAGUCGAGACACUGGCGGCCAAAGAAAAGGAGAACGCCGAGAAAUUAAACAAGAAAAACAAGAAAAAGAGUAGUGGUACGGACGGGGACAGUAGUAAAAUCUCAGGUGAGGAAAUAAGCGAUGGGAGUGAUGCUAUUGAGAGUGAGGAUGACGAAAUAGUGAUUGACCAAGAGGAGUAUGUUGAAGAAGCAGAGGUGACCACAGUCGUGACAACGGCUUUUAACGCCGAGGGAGAUGCCGAAGCGAUUAAGCAGAGAUUUGCGGCGGAUAAGGCUGACAGGCAGGAGAAGGAGGUGUGUGCUAAGACCUUUUGUAGGGAUGGGAAUUAG